UUUAGAGGAUGUCAGUGCACCAUUUUUUUUUUCUCUCUGACCCCCGAGCAGCAUACAAAAUUUUUGUUUAGCAGAAUCAACUUCGUAUAUUACAGUGAAUUCACAUAUCAUCUAACUUUAAGCUAAGAAUACUACUUGUGUCAGUGCAUUGACUUUCUAACGAUAUUUACAUUUUUAUACAAUUUAUAUAAACAUUUUUAAAUUGUAAUAAUUUACACACUCAUAACUUACAUACAAAUAAAAAUAUCAUGAAAUAGCCAACGUAGGGACACAGGUAAUAUCCCUAACUUAAAGUUGGAUGAUAAAUACAUUCACCUCAAUAUUAAAACUAGGUAAUAACACAGAGUUGGUUCUACUAAAUGUAAAUUUGUUAUGUUGAGCAUACAUCAGAGAGAAAACAAAUAGUGCACUGAUAUUAUUCWCACGAUAAMAUUUUUCAUUUUACCUACAUACCGUGACUUAAAUUUAUUAUAUAUCAUGUCRAGGAUUGGUAAACAUCACUUAAGUUGUCUGUUUUUAGAAGUUCAAAAUGUCUGUUAAACAAGAGCAUCCUUUAACUAUAAAAUCAGAAACAAAACUAAACAUCAAGAAGAGUGAAAAUAAUGAAGAUUCUGAAAAGACUGAAACUCCAGAUGAUAAAGCUGAAAUAACAAAGAUAGUUAAUACUGAAACAGAACCAGCGGUUGAAGAGAGGCCAAUUUUUGUGUGCAAAAACUGUAAUCUGACUGAACGAUAUGAUUGUUUUAAUAAUCGUGUAUCAUUUAAUCGCAACAUAGGAACAAAAGUUGAUUACUAUUUAGCUAGAGAUCCAUUUUCUCCGCUCAGCAAAAGGCAAUUCUUAAUCUUAGGAUCAGUUUGUUCUAUAUGUGAUAAAGAUGUUUGCAUUAAGCCUGAAUGCAGUAUAUUUUACUCUAAGUUUUUCUGCUCUACUUGUGCAAGAAAAUAUAUUACAAACUUCCCUACUAGUAUUCAAGAAAAAAUCAAAACGACAAAAAGAAUUUAGAAAAUUACACAAUUAUAGAGAGAUUAAACAUAAUUUAAAUUAUGAGCUAUAAGUGUAUACAKUUUUUAAAAUGGUUAGAUUUUAGUAUUGUAUAUCUGUGUUAUAAAAAUGGAUAAAGGAUAUUAUGUAUCAACUCUGUUUAAACUUUAAACUGAUACCUUUUUAUAUUUUAUAAUAAUUGUGAUU